AUGCCUUCACAACGACCGUAUUUCCUCUCUUCUUUCCUCGCCGCCUUCCGUCCUCAAGGCCCCUCCAUCUCUACUACCGCUCCCCAUCAACAUCAGCCAAACAAGCACACCCGAGAUACAACGACGACCACAACUGCCACAGCAACUGUAGCAAACACAACCACCACUGCUGCUUCUACGUCACAUCAUCAUCAUCAGUCUCAACAACAACCAACCACUUCUAGUGUCGCCAUCCGUCCGCCCCGAAACACCACUUCAUCACCGUCAACCUCAACAUCCCCCGCCAACAACACCGCCAUUCCUAUUCCUGGAUCAUCUGGUCGACGUGGAAGUGAUAGCAGCAGUGAAGGCUUCCGUGAUGUGAUAGGCGCCGACAAGUGGUACAUCGGUGGACGCACACCGGGCGGUGAAGAGAAGUUUUUCAAGCUUGGCGUUAUCCGCCGGGUGAGAAGCAAUGAUGGCUUAAGUUUGGAUCGUCUAAGCUUAUAA